CAAAGCCCGAGAUGAUCGUCCAUUGUUAGGAUCAACGGUGGUCGAUCAAGCGGCCAAGUGGCCAGCACUUGGCUUCCCACGGGAGGAACAAAAAAUUUAUCUGUAGCCUAGGUUAUUCCCUCAUUCGCUCAUUCUCUCUUCAUGGCUCUCUUGUUCUUCGAGGAGUAUGCCGCGAAUUCCUACCUCUACGCCGUCUUGGUGAUCGGAUUGGCAUCGCUUCUUCCCAUGGGAUUGCUGGAGCUCAAAGGAGGAGGUCUGAGGUACUCCAAAUUCGCCGAGGGGAAGAGUCCGCUAGGCGAAAUCCCCAGCAGAAUCGCCAUGUUUCUCUUCUAUUUCCCCUCGGCGGCAUUGGCAGGAGCUGUUUUGAGCGCCACCAUGGGAAUUCUCCCAUCGCCCGUCCCGGAAUUCCUCAAGAACGCUCACCCUAGUCCCAGGUUCCUGGUGCUCACCGCUGCGAUUUGCAUCCAUUUCUCCAAGAGGGUCAUCGAGGUGCUGUUCGUGCACAAGUACUCCGGCAAUGCCGAGCUCCUGUCCAGCUUGAGCAUCGUGUUCUUCUACACGGCCUCCACGGCCAAUCUCCUCUACGCGCAGCGAGUCGCGGAGGAUCUGGCACCGCCCAAGAUCGACUUGAUGUUCCUGGGGUGUGUGUUCUUCGUGGUCGGCAUCGUCGGGAACUUCUACCACCACGAUUUGCUCGCCCAGCUGAGAAGUGGCCGCUCCCCGCAGCAGCCGAGAUACGUGGUUCCUCACGGCGGAUUGUUCGAUCUCGUCGCGUGCCCGCACUAUCUGUUCGAGAUCAUCGAUUUCAUAGGCCUGGGGAUGAUCUCCCAGACUGCCAUCAGCGCCGCCACAGUGAUGCUCGUCGCCUUCUACCUCACCUCGCGAAGCAUUUCCACCCGGCGAUGGUACCUCAAGAAAGUCGAUGGCUUCCCGAGAGAGAGGAAGGCUUUGAUUCCAUUUGUCCUGUAAAUGACGUGUCAGUGACAUGUCAGCCGUGGUUUACACGUAAGAUUUUUCGGUGCCACAUCAAGAAGCGAUAUUCGUUUA